AUGGAAAGCGUCAGCUACGCGGAGGAGGUGGCGGAAGCGGGUGUCGCCGAGAGCAAGCAGGUUCAUCAUGAACGGCUUCCUAAUCGAACCGCUUUGAUUCUGUAUGGGUCAGAGACGGGCAACGCUCAAGAUGUUGCAGAAGAGAUUGGUCGCACGACGGAGCGAUUGCGCUUCGACACCACCAUCUUGGACCUUGACUCCGUACAGCUACGGGACCUGGUCAAGCCGACGGUUGUGAUCUUUGCCAUCUCCACCACAGGCCAAGGUGAGAUGCCGCAGAAUGCACGCGGCUUUUGGAAGAAACUGCUCAGUAGUGCCCUGAAGCCGGGUAUCCUUCGCAAGCUGCGUUUCUCGUCCUUUGGUCUGGGAGAUAGCUCCUAUGCUCAGUAUAAUGUGUCACAUAGAUUGGUGUGUGGACGCUUGUCUCAGCUCGGCGCGCAAAGCUUUUGUGAGAGAGGCGAGGGCAAUGAGCAGCACCCUGAAGGACAUAAUGCUGGUUUCCGAGAGUGGAUUCUGUUGCUCGAGCAGAAACUACGUGACGUCUUUCCUCUGCCUGAGAAUGUAGAAGCAAUCGCAGAGGACGUCUUUAUCGAGCCCAAAUGGAAGCUCGUCAGGGACACUGCUGGCUCUGGUCUACACUCGAGCGACCAGUGCAAAGAUCAGCUCACGCACAGCGCGAAAGAGGCAGUGCCUUCGUCUGCUCUUCUACCAAUACGCGAUGCCUACACGGCCACCAUUGAUUCCAACAAUCGAAUCACUGCGGAAGACCACUUCCAGGAUGUUAGGCUCUUAGACCUGCGGGUCCAGGAACAUUUGCCAUACGGUCCCGGUGCUGUUGCAGUUGUUCAUCCGAAAAACUUUCCGGAAGAUGUGCAAGCCUUCGUGGAGCUCAUGCGCUGGCAUGAUAUUGCAGAUGUGCCAUUAUCGCUCAUCACGAAUCAAGACCUUGCAGCCAAGCAACUCACCACACCAUCUCCCUUGCGUCAUCUCGAUCUUACCAAAGUGAAGCUGACCUUGCGAUGGUUGUUGGAGAAUGUCCUCGACAUCAUGUCCAUCCCUCGACGAUCAUUCUUCGCACGGUUGGUAUACUUUGCUGGUGACAGCACUGAGGAUGAGGCGUAUCAAAAAGAACGACUGUUAGAAUUAGCCAAUCCAGAAUUGAUCGAUGAGCUUUGGGACUAUACCACACGCCCCAAAAGGACCAUACUGGAAGCCAUGACAGACUUUACACUCAUCAAAAUACCUUGGCAACAUGCUUUGACUGCACUUCCAAUCAUGCGAGGACGACAAUUCAGCAUUGCUAGCGGUGGCGCUCAGAAGGUUGACGAUUGUGGAAGAACGCGAGUGCAACUUCUGAUAGCCAUCGUCGAACCGCCCAGCCCCAUCAUCAAGUACCGCAAACGGUACGGCGUAUGCACACGGUACAUCGCGACACUGCAGCAGAAGCAAAGCAUCAGUGUCUGCAUCCAGCCAGGAUACCUCGACGUCCACCCUACGGAGCUCGACGUCCCCGCAGUAAUGAUCGGGCCGGGCACAGGACUAGCACCGAUGCGAUCCAUGAUUCACGAAAGAGCCCUCUGGGCAGAAAACGCCCACCGGCCCACUUCCACAUCUCUCCAAGGCGACAUUCUCUUCUUCGGUUGCCGCGCCGAACACAGCGACUACUUCUUCCACGAAGAAUGGAACUCCUUCGCACACGCCAACAGUCUCACAGUCCACACCGCCUUCUCCCGCGACCCAAAGCACCACCCCAAAGCAUAUGUCCAAGACCAGAUUCGAGCCCAUGGCGCACACGUCUACGAGGCUCUCGUGCAGCGCAACGGCAAAGUCUACGUCUGCGGUUCCUCAGGUAAUAUGCCCAAAGGUGUACGCCAAGCACUCGUGGAAGUUCUUGCCACAUAUAGCGGCGGCGGAGGUUCGUCGCUGUCGACUGCAGAGGCAGAGGAAGAGGCAGAACGUUAUUUGCAAGGAAUGGAGAAGAACGGGAGAUAUAAGCAGGAGACUUGGUAAUGGAAAUACAGGUACCUUUAGACUCUUGUGUCGUCGACGUCGGUGUUGAUGGGCUUGGCAACUGUAAAUACCGUUUUUCUUUUUCUGCAUGUCAAGCAUCGAUACCUUAUGAGAGAG